UUGGCUAAUAAAGCCCCAAGCAUUUACUUCUACAUUUAUGGGUGAUUCCAACACAGAUGAGAAAGUCUCGGAAACUGAAGAUAACAAAGAAAAACAAAUUAAUACUUUAAAUUUACUUUUAUCAAACGAACCAAUUAAUGGACCAAAUUCCGCUUUUUUUGAAGAAGUUCGUCUUGUAGCUAAUCAACAAUUACAACAUGCUUUGGCUGAUGUUUCAAAAAAUAAUACGGAAGGAUGGGAAUUGUUUGUGGAAGAUGGAAAUUUAAAAAUGUAUAAAUUGGAAAAUGAAAUUGAUGGAAUUGUUAUUGAUCCUUUAAAGGCUCUUCACUGCAUUGAUGUAAAUUUUAAAUUUUUUAGUUUGGGUAACACUUGUGUUGGAAACCAAAAAUUAUUUUUGUGGUGGUAUUUUAUUUUUAAUAUUAAUCUGAAUACAAUCCAAAGUUGUGUAAUUAUUGAACAGCUGUCACCUGAUAGUGUAUUUUUACAUCAAGUUCAUAGAAGAAUAUGGCCAACUGCCACACGUGAGUCUCUUUUUUGGUCACAACGUUUAAAUGUUUCUUCAAAGAAAAGUUCAGAUGCUUUUGAUGCUUGGAUGGUAUGUAAUAAAUCAACUAAUCGAGAGGAUGUAGAGUUAUCAUCUUCUUCGGCUGUUCGGGUAAAAUUUACAAUAGCAAUGUUAUGCCAAACAAUUUUAAAAUCCAAUAAACCAAUUGAACAAUUAACAAGAGAUGAUGUUCAAUGUAGAAUUGUCUAUGUUGCUGAAGUCCAUCCAGGUGGUUGGGUACCAAAAAUUGGUGUAAGACAAGUUUAUAAAAAGGAAUAUCCAAAGUUUUUACGAACAUUUAGUAAAUACGUUUAUGACAAAGUAAAAAAUAAAGAAAAUUUAAGUUUUUAA